UUUCGUCUUAAGGUUCAACAGAAUGGGAUUUGUAGAGCCUGCUAUAAGCUUGAUAACAAGAAAGAUAAUAAGCUGCUCAACUUCUUUUCGCACGAGAACAGCCUGAGCUUUAGUAUGGUUUUUGCUAAUCUUUCUGAAGCUAUGCAAGUUAAGAAGCAGCUGUUUGCUCGAAUUCACAUCUUCAUCAACUGCUGUCUGAUCUGGGGCUAG